CUGCGAUUCCCGGCAUGCCCUGCCACGGGUGCGCCUGCGUACGGGGACUCCCGCGCCGGGGGCGGGUAGGUUUAAAGCGCUGUCUUAGUUCCAUAGAAACCAGCUCACCUGCUGCCGGACAGAGCCACAGGAGGACAGAUGGACUGUGGGGUGCAUAUGGAAACUACAAUGUCCAGACCAGUCCUCUCUCCAGCCCGCAUCAAUGCUACAGCUUCUGAAACAUUCACGGUACUUCAGCAAAGGAUGAGAAUAGUUGAGGAGCAGACCAGUUCUUUGAGGGAUGACCUAAUAAUGUUGGACUUUGGUGAAAAAAGAGGCCACUUGGAAACUCCAAAAUGUUUAGAAGAGCCUAUGAGCCAGAACAUCAUUAGCCCUAUCCAGAAUGAAAUAAUUUGUUCAGGAAAAACAGAUAUUUUAUGGAAGAACUGUGAGUUUCUGGUAAGUCGAAUAUGCCGUCUGGAAAGCCUCAUCCAGUCCUUGAAGAUGAACAUCUUCCAUCUGCAAACUGAAAAGGAUUUGAACCCACAGAAAACAGAUUUUCUGAAGGAAAGACUGAAUACAAUACAGGAGGAGCAUUCCAAGGACCUGAAGCUAUUGCAACUGGAAGUGAUGAAUUUGCGCCAGCAACUAAGAGAUGUAAAAGAGAAAGAAGACAAGAAGAAUGCAGCCGUUAUUGAAGAGGAACUGAAGACCACAAAACGUAAAAUGAAUCUUAAAAUUCAGGAGCUAAGGAGACAACUGUCUCAAGAGAAGCACCUAAGGGAGUCUCUUGAGAAAUCUGGAUCAGCCUUGCUACUCAAAAUACAAGAAAUGGGAUCAACAGUGGAGAUGGAACGGAAACAGGUGCAAAUUUUGCAGCAAAACUGCAUUGCCCUACGCAGUUCUAUUCAGACCACCCAAGAACUACUGGCACAGGAGCGACAACAGAAAGGAGAGUUGGAGACCACUACCUCACAGCUCAAGUCUGAUCUAGUUUCUAGAGAUGACCUCAUUUCCAAGUUGGUUGAAGAAAAUAAGAAUAUACAGAUGUCUUUCAACAAGGAACAUGAAGAAAAUGCAUAUUUGAGGUCUGAAAUAAUAUUCCUUCAUGAAGCAUCAGAAAAAGCACAGGUUUUGAAUGACCAACUGACUAGAAAGUGUUCAGAGCUGAACAGAAUGCUUCAGACUGUUAGAAUGGAAAAUACCAGAAUCAUUGCUGACCACCAAGCCAUUCUGCAGGAAGAACAGAAAAUGAUGACACAGACAUUUCAAGAACAAAACUUACUGCUGGAUGCAGCCCAUGCCAGUAUCACAAGUGAGCUGCAGACUGUUCAGAAUGAGAAAACACAACUCCAAAUGCAUCUGGACCAUUUAGUCCUUGAGCAUAACCAGUGUAUCCAGAAAGCACAGGAUGCUGAGAAGAGGGCAGCUGUGCAAAAAGAGCUGCUAGAAUCAACUAUUGCAAGAUUGCGAAGGGAACUGGACGCAUCAAUGCAAGAGAAGACCUCUCUGCUAGAGGAGAAAGAAGGACUUCAGAGAGAGGUUAAUAAAACCGAGAAAGAAAUAGCAGAAGAAAAAUGCAACUUGGAAAAGGAAUUAGCUAAAAGCAAGCUUGCCCAACAGCAGGUGGAAAAUGUCUUGGGAAAAAUUACUGAGAGUAAAAAUAAACUGGCCUAUGAAAAGGGAAGACUACAGAUAAAAGUUAAGCAGCUAGAAGAACAACUACAUUCUUUUACGGAGACCAGUUCACAGAAUGACCAUCUACGCAAGUUGAAUAAGGCACUAGAGGGCAGAUAUGCUCAGGUGAAAUCCAUUCUUGAAAAGAAUGAAGAGGAGCUCUCACGAGUUGUGAAGGGUCGUGCUGCAGCCCUGAAAGAGAAUCAGAAGUUGAAAGGUGACCUCGAAGCUUUGGAGGGCAGGGAGAACAAGAAGGUGGGAAACUUCCAGCGACAACUGGCAGAAGCUAAAGAAGACAACUGCAAAGUUACAAUCAUGUUGGAGAAUGUGUUGGCUUCUCACAGUAAGAUGCAAGGCGCUCUGGAAAAAGUGCAAAUAGAGCUUGGGCGGAGGGAUUCAGAGAUUGCAGGCCUCAAGAAAGAAAGGGCUCUAAAUCAACAGCGGGUACAGAAGCUGGAAGCAGAAGUGGACCAGUGGCAGGCGAGAAUCCUUGUCGUGGACGCCCAGCACAGCAGUGAGAUGGAGCCUCUACAAAAAGCUCUAGAUGUAGCUAGAGAAGACAACAGGAAACUGGCUAUGAGCCUGGAGCAAGCUCUCCAGACAAAUAAUCAGCUGCAAACAAAGCUUGACCAUGUUCAAGAGAAAUUGGAAAACAAAGAACUUGAGCGAAAGAAUUUGGAAACCUGCAGAGAACGGAUGAGUGAAGAAUCCAAAAUAGAAGCAGAAUUGCAUGCUGAACGCAUAGAUGCUCUAAGAAAGCAGUUUCAAAUUGAGAGAGAAACUGCAAAGAAAGCAGCACAACGGGAAGUGACUGAGCUGAAGAAAGCCCUUGAUGAAGCCAACUUCAGAUCAGUGGAAGUAUCCCGGAGCAACCGAGAGCUGCGGCAGAAACUUACAGAGUUGGAAAAGAUACUGAACAGCAGCAAGGAGAAAAUAAAGAAUCAAAAGGCUCAAAUUAAGCUCCACUUGUCAGCUAAGGCGAAUAAUGCUCAGAAUAUAGAGAGGAUGAAGCAAAUAGAAACAGAAUUGAGGCAAAUGGAGCUAAUUAAGGAUCAAUAUCAGAAAAAAAGCUAUGAACAGUCACUGAGUAUCCAGAAAUUUGUAUCUGAAAUGACUAACCUACAGAAGGAGAUGAAGCUGUUGGCCAAGAGCCAAUAUGAUAUGUCAGCACGGAAUAAACAGCAAGAGCUGCAACUUGAGGCAGAGUGGAAAAGGAGGCAGGAGCUGGAGCAUCGGUGCCAGGAAUUGGAAGAAACUGUUAGACACCUGAAGAAAUGUAAAGAGGCAACAGAGAAUAAACUGAAAGAAGCUAGUGUGGAAUCAGAACAGGUAUCAGCUAACCUGGAAGAAGCUCAGCGCUGGUUUAAGUGCAGACUCGAUGGCCUACAACUUGAGCUGACCAAAAACCGGUUGCAGAGGGAAGACAGGUGGCGGGAAGAGGACCAAGAUAAAAGGCACAACGGCAUAUCCAAUCAGUCUGCUCUACAUCGAUGGGAGAAUAAACAGAAUCUUAGACUUGUGCCCAAGAAGUGUCAUUCUGAACUAAAGAGAAAGUGGUGUCCUUGACAGAGGAGCUUCUUCACUUAGAACAGCUACAUCACCCUGAUUCCCUGAGCCCAGCAACUAGGGCUGGGCUGUUUCCACCGUCAUCAGGACAUGAAGUCUUUGCUGUGGACUAGAGAUUUUGGACCUGAGUUUAUCCUUUUAUGAACUCUUUGAUAUCAAUAUGGAACCACCCCAUCUUUUUUGUCCCUUUCCCCAUUUU